GCCGCGGAAGUGCAGCGGAAGAUCGCAGUGGAUUUUUUUCUUGCAAUCAAUCCAGUCCACAUCCAGUCUACAAUCCUACGCAAUCCGUAUAAUGACUCGUUGGAGCGCGCGUUCCCCUACGUUUAUACUGCUAUUUUAUUUCACAGUGCAUUUCUUUCCUUCCACUCGUACGAGAGGUGUUACCUUUAUUACUGGGCACCAGUGUUUUAUCGGUUUUAUUAAACACCUAAGGACAUCAGUGGUCGGCUCUUUCCGAGGAAGCAUUGGUUCUCGGGUUGCAAGACCGCAUAUGAAUGUCUCUAGUGGCCUACGGUGAAGUACCUUGUGUCCUGGACCACCUGCACAAUGAGGCUGCUCUGUUUGGCAGCUGCAUUGCUGGUGCUCUUAGAACGAGGACAAACCCAGCAACAUGAUCUCACUGUGGCUGCAAAUGAGGGCGCCUCGGCUGAACAGGAGAGGGAACAGGCUGAAGAUGAAGAGGACGAACCUGCUCGCCAUUUCAAGGCAACUCGAGAGUGGCAAGAGGUGCAGCCGGGUGAGGUCCUUCCACGUGGUGUCCAUGUGCGACUCGACCUUGAAACGGGAAGAAGGGAAGCGAAGCGUCUUGAUGAUGAAGAGCCUGGGGAGAGCCAGAAACGCACAGAUGUUUCUAAGGAAGGUCGAUUGCUCCUGGAGGAAGCCAAAGAUGACUCUUCUAAGAGCUUACCUGUGAGUAAGGAAAAGCCGCGCGCUGCUUGGCGCGCGGAAGAGUUCAAGAAGAAAAUGUCUAGUCUCAAGCUUAAGGCAAAGUCAGACUCUGAGAUUGUCAGGGGCCUCUUGGACCAUUACCGAAAUGCCACCGCAGCAGGAAAGGAGCCGUUGCUUCGAGACUUGGAGUAUUUAGUACACCAGUAUGACACAGCUGUCGACUUCAUUCGAAUGGAUGGACUCCUGGUCAUAGUGCCUGAUCUCAAUUCUACCUCCGAAACAUUGCGGGAACUGGUGGCAUUCACUCUGGGCUCAGCAUUGCAGGGCAAUCCGCAGGUGCAAAGCAGUGUGUUGGAGUUUGGUUUGCUGCCACAGCUGCUCCGCCUCGUUGCAAUGGAUCCAUCUUCCCGUGUGCGGUCACGGUGCCUUUUCGCGCUCUCGUGCCUAGUGCGCCAUCUGCCUGCCGCUCAAGAGGCUCUCAUGCACCACGGCGGUCUCACGGUUCUCGCCGGACUUUUUGCUAUGGGCAGCUCCUCAUCUGCUAAGCUCCAGCUCAAGGCAGUCACUCUGAUCCACGAUCUCCUCGUGGAACAGCGCUUGAGGCAGGGUGAUGACCAUGCGCAAGUCAACAAGUUGCAAGAGGGCAUUCAGCUGUACGGCUUCUGUAGCCUCGUGCCGGAGCUGCUACAGAGUCCCGACGUGGAUGCGCAGGAGAAGGUGGUGCAGGCGAUGCUUUCCCUGGCGGAAAUUUGCCACAAGGAGUUCCAGGUGCACUUGCCCCGGCUGCAUUCUCUGCUCAAUGCUUACCAAAGAGAAGUGCACAGUGAGUCGCAGUUGAAGACCUUGGAACAGACGUCGGACUAUUUUGAGGGACUGCUCCAUUCUCUGUCUCAGCUAUUGGACUCCUUGGAAAGGAAACAGAAAGAUGAACUGUGAAUGAAUGUGACAACAGUGACGGUGUGACUGGGACAAAUGGUCUGGGUGCUGUCAACAGAUUUUGUUUCAUGCCAUCGUUUCUCCCGCGGCGAGGCAACUUGAGACUGCAAGCUACGCUGUAGAUAUGGACCCUUGUCCUCGUUGAUAGGGUUAUUUUUGUUUGUGAAAAGGAUAUCUGUGGAUGUAUGAAGGCGGUUAUCUUUCCGAUAGCUCUGGCUGUAGGGAUCUGAUUUCGUGCAUUUCAUACUCUAGUGUUGGAGAGGCUAGACAUGGCAAUGCUUUUCGUGGCAGCAAUUUUCCUUGGUGGAAUAAAGUUCACCAUAUCAGCUUGUUUGGA